GGAACCAUAGGACGCCCAGGGCCACCUGGCUCUCUGGGACCUCCUGGUGAAGGUAUUCAAGGAAUUAAGGGGGAACAAGGAAUUCAAGGAAUGCCAGGACCACGAGGCCCCCCUGGAGAAGGGCUUUUGGGACAGAAGGGAGAUCGAGGAGCUACAGGUGAAAAGGGGAAAAAAGGAGAAAAAGGUGAUGUGGGUGACCCUGGUUUAUCUGGAGAACCUGGCAAAACUGGACCAAAAGGAGAGCAAGGCCUAACAAGAGAAGAUAUAAUUAAAUUAAUUAAAGAGAUAUGUGGUUGCGGUAUUAAAUGUAAGGAAAUUCCUAUGGAGCUUGUAUUUGUGAUUGACAGCUCUGAGAGUGUGGGACCAGAAAAUUUUGAGAUUAUCAAAGACUUUGUAACUGCUUUAGUAGACAGAGUAACAGUAGGCAGAAAUGCUACCAGAAUUGGCCUUGUGUUAUACAGUUUAGAAGUUCGGCUAGAAUUUGGUCUCAACAAGUAUACAACUCAACAGGAUGUUAAGCAAGCAAUUAGAAAAAUGCAAUACAUGGGAGAAGGCACUUACACAGGAACUGCUAUCCGUAAAGCAACCCAGGAAGGAUUUUUUGGUGCUCGAACAGGAGUGCGAAAAGUAGCUAUUGUGCUAACAGAUGGCCAAGCAGACAAGAGAGAAGCUGUAAAACUAGAUAUUGUCGUUCGAGAGGCUCAUGCAGCAAACAUCGAAAUGUAUGCAAUAGGAAUUGUAAAUACUUCAGAUCCAACACAGGUCGAGUUUGUGCGUGAACUAAAUCUGAUUGCUUCAGAUCCAGACAGAGAACACAUGUAUCUCAUUGAUGACUUUAACACCCUUCCAGCUCUGGAGUCCAAAUUAGUCAACCAAUUUUGUGAAGAUGAACAUGGUACCUUAAUAUACAACCGUAAUGGAAAUGGUGCAAGCAUAAGUGGACCAUCUUUCCAUUCAGUAUCUUCAAAUUCUUUACACUACAUACUUCAGAACAACAAUGUUAAUAGACAAUCACUUUCAGCACAGACACCUGGAGUAUCUACAGUAGAAAAUCCUCUGAGUCUUGGCGAUCUUCCUCAACCAUUAGCUCUGACCAAAGUACCUCCUGUGGUAGUAUACGAAGCCUAUGAAGAGGAACAAGAGGAGGAGGAACAGUCAUCCUUGCUAACAGUCGACACUAGAGAAAGUAUCCUGGACCUCCGGUGCAAGUUAAGGCUAGAUCAAGGGCCAUGCCGUGUUUAUAUCAUAAAAUGGUAUUAUGAUAAACAAGCCAAUGCUUGUGCUCAGUUUUGGUAUGGAGGCUGCGAUGGAAAUGCAAACCGCUUUGAGAGUGAAGAGGAAUGUAGUGAGGCUUGUGUUUUUUUUUCUGGAG